CUCUAAUUUUUAUGUAAUGUCACUUUGUUGUCGUUUGUUACAAGAAGCAAGAAAAAUUCGUGCUAGAAACCAAAGAACCAAGUCCCCAAUAUCCGUGCGCUGUGAUGUGAUAAUCAAUUGUGUUUAAAUUAUGAAUUGUCAUCAGAUAUUGAGCGGCGCCUGCAAUGCGGGCGACCGGUGCUUCGCCAUUGGCUCCGUGGAAGGAAUACCAUUUACAGCCUACGCCGCCGGCUGCAAUGUGGUCAUCUUGGCAAGCACUUUCGAGCGCGUCCAAAUCAUCCCGGGCGCCAACCAUGGCUAUGUCAAAAUAUCCGCCCUGGAUUGCAGCACCGACACCGGAAAGAUAGCGGCGGCCUAUGAAAACAAGAUAUGCAUUUUUGAGCCCACGCCGGUGAUCGAGUCCAGCAAGCACAAUACCCACUUUCUGGACUACAGAUGGGUGCAAACGGGCUCCUUCACCAGCCACUCGAGCGUGGUGACUUUGUCGUGGAAUCUGGAGGGUACCCGCCUCCUGACCGGCGGCACUAACAUACAGCUGUGGAAGAGCAAGUCGCCCACUCACCAGCAGGAGGAAGAACACACGGGAGUCAAGUUCGAAAUUGGCGAGAGCAAGGAGCCAAAGCAGUCGAACAACACCCAGUCUGAGGAUGUGUCCACGUGGGAGAAUAUUUGGAGCUGCCAAACGGCCAUACCCAUUUACCACAUGGCAUUUAGUCCGGAUGGAACGCUCUUCGCUACCUGUGGCCGCAACGAUCGGCUGGUGAAGAUCUGGUAUGAAAAUAAACAGGUCCUUUUUCCGGCCAAAGGUACUUCCGCCGUCGGGGCCACAGGGUCUGGACGUCAUGGGGGAGACGACGGCACUGGAUCCGGUUCUGGCGGAGAGCUGAAUUUUACGUACGUGUACAUCGCCCAUCCACGAGCCGUAUCCAACAUAGUGUGGCGUAAGACGAGCAAGUACAUGCCUAAGGGAUCGGUGGCAAAUAUGCUGGUCACUUCCUGUCUAGACAACAUCUGUCGCAUCUGGAUCGAGACGGUACUGCCGGAUGACGGAAUGGUGAACAUGACCCAGUUCGAUCCAAUGGCAUCGCAGAACCCGAAAUUCCGUACGCACCGGCAUAAGCAUCGGUUCAUGCAACGGCUGAAGCACAUGAAGACCUGCUUCCAUAUCCGGAGACAUAUGAAGGCCGGAGCGAAUGCUGGUCCGGGAGUAGCAAGUGGAGGCAUAGCAAGUGGUGGAGGAGCCACCGGAGCUAUGGGCGCCAUGGGUAGCUCUCCAGCCAGCUAUAGCAACUAUCUGGGACCGAUACCAUCGUUACCAUCCUCGUGCAGUGUGCACGAUUUUCAUUCUUACGGAUUCCAGGGAUCGGGCGUCACACCCGGAAUGCACUUCCACCUGGCUGCUUCGAUUAACGCGGAAACCGACAUCCCGUUGGUGCCAUCGAUGCAGACCAGUGAUCCGGCCAACCAGAAUGUGUUUAUCCUGCACUGGCUAAACAACAAGGAGAUGCAUUUCACGCUUCAGGCAGAGGCCAUACUCCAGGAGCUUACCAAGAAGGUGAUCGACGAGGAGAAUGGCCAUGGAAAUGCCUCAAGUGGUGGCGUCGAUCUUCCGGAUGAUGCCCAUGGCUCCCACUCGCAGGCGCAUGCGCACAAGAAGUACCUGCGCUCCUCAAAGUCCGUCUCUGUAGAUGACAGCGGCGAGGAGUACAGCCGCUACUCGCAGCACACGGCGGGCACGGGUAUUGGCGGUGUCGGCGGAGUAGCCGGAGCCGGACUCCAUCUGAACUCCAUGUCCAACACGACGUCGCAAAACUCGUUAAACAACGAGCCAGCGCACCCAAUCACACAACUGGUGGAUUCGUUGGACAAUAAGAUCGAGUGCUUGCUACGUGACUGGCACCAGAGUCCGGAUCUCCUGUUUGCCAUUCAUCCAGUGGACGGUAGCUACUUAAUCUGGGUGAUUGAGUGGCUGGAUGACUACUAUCCGGGUUCGUUUAGGCAGGCGCAGGUCUCCUUCUCUACACGCAUCCCAUCAGCCUUUCCGCUAGGCGAUGCAAUGUCCAUGUCCACCACGGUCAGUCUAUUUAAUACGGGCACGCACCCGCUGGCCUUUCGCGAUAUUGCCAACAAUGUGCGCAGCAAGGAUGAGUUCCAUAAAGGAAACGCGGAUGACUCUUCUCUGAAGAGUGACCAGCAUUCGGGACAGACCUUUGAGCGGCACGACGAAGAGCAGGAGGAUGCUGCCGACGAUGAGGAUGGCGACCGUGAAGGCGAUGCAGAUCAGGAUGAGGCAGGCGGCGAUCGUAGUGCUGCCGCCAGUGGAGCCGGAGGUGCCGAGCAUAGCAGUAGUUCGCAGGAUUCGGCUGCGGCUGGAGCCAGUGCUUUGCCACUGAACGUUUCUCCUUCGGUGUCGAUGGUGACCAAGCACUCGAAUGGAACCCUCAACUUGUGGCAACUGACGUUCGCAUUCAAAACGAAAUUCACCCAAGUAUUAAGCAUUGGCCACGUGAGCCGUGCCUCUGGCCAUCGGUUCCGGGUUAACGAUAUUACCUGCCACCCGGUGCUGCCAUUGCUCGUCUCCACCUCGCACCAUAACUUGCCCGAUUCGGAGGCCAAGUCGCCGAUGUCGCCGUUUGAGCAGCCCCUGAGUGGAGGGCUUCCUUCAGGUGGAGGAACAGGAACCGGACCCUCUGGAGGUUCUAAUGGGGACAAAGAUGUAUUUACGCCUACUGGAUUCUGUUCAGAGUUGAUUCUUUGGCGUGUGGAUUCCGUGGGACCGCUGUGCCAUUCGGGUGGAGUCAGUGAACUUGCCAGGAUUAACUCUCCGGAGAUCUCGGCCUUCAGCAAUGUGGCCUGGAUUCCGACGCUCCUGCCGAGUACCACAUUGGGCAGCUACAGUAACUCUCCGUCCGCCUGCUUUGUGGCCAGCGAUGGGGAGAACCUGCGAGUCUACCAAGCGGUAAUCGAUGCCCGUACCCUGCUGGCAGAAAUCUCAUGCUCUGAGAACCUUAACACGUUGCACAAGUCACACUCGCUAUCGUCGAUGAUCUCGAACGCUUCGUCCACGAUGCGGGCCCAGCGAUCGGCCCUGCACGACAAGCUUAAGGUGGUGUCCCAGCAGUCGACGGCAAGACCCGGUUGCAUCCUGCAACUAGAUGCCAUCUCGGAUGCUAAACACGACUGGCAGAACACGCAGUUCCUUCACGUAUUCCAGGCGCAAUUGAUUACUGGUGGACAGAGGACGCCUUUAACGGAUCCCCAUGAUCUUGAGGAACCGCGACUGAACGCCUUGCUGGAGUCGGACAUGGAUGCAAUUGUGGAUCUGCAGCGAAAUGCAGACUUCGAGGAGCCCUUCUACAUUGUGAACAUCGAAAAGACUCUUCGCGGCAGUACCAUUCACAUGUGGCGCAUAGUCAUCAGCUCCAAGCAGCAGAAUUCUUUUCUUUCCGAGACGGCCAUGUAUGUGCCAGAUAGCAACCUUACCCAGGAGCCGGAUGAAGAUGGUGCCGGUGGCAAUCCGAAUCCUCGUCGGAUGUCGCAGGGAGCGGAAACCCUAACUGGAGCUGAGCAUUUUGGUCCUCAGGUGGAGGCACCGCACAUCUCAAUUACCACGAAAAAAGUGUGCACCCAAGAGUUGCCGCUGCCCGAAGGGGUAGAUGUGAUCCAUGCUUCUCCGGCCGCUGGUCAUCUGAGCAGCUCCAGCAUUUAUCCAGCCUGCUUUGCACCGUACAUCAUUGUGACCGCCUGCUCGGAUUCUAUAUCCCGGUUCUGGAAGUGUGAACCCAUUGGCGAUGAGGACGAUCAAGAUCCAGAGGACGAUGCCUAUCACUGGAGCGAGUGGAAGAUGUUCAGCCGUAUCCAGCACUCGGCUAUCGAGAUUCCAGGCCAGCCGCUGAACAUUAGUGCGGCCUACUCCGGCCGGAUAGCUUGUGCCUAUAAGUACGGCAAGAGUUUCACACGGCCCAACAAGGGACCCGAUCCGGAUUCACGUUAUGUGAAUCUGUGCGUGGCUAUCUACGAGUGCGAGAGCUCCGGUGGUAGCGAGUGGGUGCUGGAGGAUACCAUUCACUUAAAGAACGUCCAUCUUCCGCGGAUCAACAUUGGACACGGUAUCGAUUUGAGUUACCUCCACGACAGUCGACUACUGGCGAAGAAGCAGCGGUUAAAUCAGGUUCUUCACACCUUUGCCCACGAUCAGGAGAGCAGAUCUCCGCGUAGUGGCGAAACCACACCAGAAUUGGCCGUCAAUAGGCAACCCUCGGCUGCUGCUUCCGGUUUACUAACUGUGCCCAGCUUUAGUACCCUGCAAUCCCUACGAAAAAGCAUCGCCGAGAAUGGAAACACUUGUCCCUUGACCCAAAAGCAUCUUGUCCAACUUGACUGGGUGAGCAAAGAGGAUGGCUCACACAUCCUAACUGUAGCUGUGGGCAGCAAGAUCCUACUAUACACUCCGGUGAGUUCUGAUAUUGCCCAGGCGAAUAUCAAGGCAAUGAAAGAGUCGCGGUCGGUCAAUCGUCCCAUCCUGCGGAAAGCUAGUUCCCUGGCUCAGCCCAACUUUGUGGACGAGAUCCGUUGGAUGAAGUUACGGCAAAUAGACCUCCAAACGGCUGAUGGGCUGCCUCCGCUACCCAUGCAAAUUUCUUGGGUACGCGAUGGUAUUUUAGUGGUGGCGAUGGAUUCCGAAAUGCAUGUGUACUCACAGUGGAAGCCACACUUCUCCUCCCACUUUGCCGCUGCGGCGGCCGCUGCUGGCGAGGAUGUGCCAGAUACCCGGAAUUUAAGGGAUGAGGAUCUGCGUUCGCUGGCCAACGAGUCCACACAACUACGGCUAAAGAACGUGGCCUCCAUGCCGCUGAUUAGCAAGGUGAGCACGGCCAAUCUGCAGUUACUGUCCCAUGACAAGAAGCGUCGUUUGGGCAAUACCAGCAUGGCCAAUAUGAAUGGAGCUGGUGGUGCAGGUGGAGCUGGCCCUUAUGCUGCUGGUGCAGAUGACGGCGGCAACGAUGACUACAUGACGGAUUUCGGCCUGUUCCAGGCCUCUCGCAUUGCUUGUCCAGUGCUGCCACAAUACCAUCCCAAGCAGCUGAUGGAGCUGCUCAACUGUGGUAAGAUUCGCUGGGUAAAGGCCAUCCUGGCUCAUCUGGUGCGCUGCAUGAGUGGCAAUAGUUUGAAUACAGUUGGCCAGGACGAGGAUGGUUAUGCCAGGCAGCGUAGCUGGUCAAGAUCCCGCACCCUGAGUAUUAGCUACACGGCGGAUCAGAACAUUCAGGUAGAGCAUCGUGGCAGCACCACCCAGAUUCCCGAAGAGCUGAUGCUUGACUACGCGGAGAUCAACUCCAUUCCGCCAUUGCCCUUGUGGGUGCUUCUUAAUGCGGACCGGGAGACGCCGGGUCAGAGCAAUAACUAUGCCGAGGGUGACAAGGACUACGAUGAACUAUUUGACAUGCACAACUCGGAGGACAACUUGGAUGAGCUGCUGAGUGAGGGCGAUGAGAAGAAACGCCAGGAGCGCAGGCUCUCGCUACCCGAGAAGCAUUCUAUUUCGCACUUUGGUCCGCGACAGGGGCAACUUCUAUCGCGCCUGCUGACCCACACCCAUUUGCCUGGCCUCUCUUCGCUGGACCAGAUGCAUCUGCUGGCCCUGGCCGAUACGGUAGCUACUUGCAAUACAGAUUUCUCCGAUAAGUUUGCUGUCGACCAGAGCAAGUCGGGAGGAAUGGGAGGAGGAGCUGGAUCGGGAGUUGUUAAGGAUGGUAGCACCAGUACAGACUCCCUUGAUGACUGUGGCCUGCGUUUCCUGCUGGCCAUGAAGCACUUUACUUACCUUCUUCGCUGCCUGCCACUACAGCAGCGAGCGCAGUUCCAGCGCCAGGGCGUGGGCACCUCCAACAUUGUUUGGGCCUAUCACUCGGAGAGCGAAGAAGAGCUUCUUAACCUCAUCCCAAGUUACACCAAAGGCGAUCUUCGUUGGUCUACGCUGCGGGAUCUGGGCAUGGGAUACUGGUUGAAGAACAUUAAUACGCUGAGGAGGUGCGUGGAGAAGCUGGCCAAAUGUGCCUAUCAGCAGAAGCAAGAACCUCUGGAUGCGGCUAUUUACUACCUGGCUAUGAAGAAGAAGUCCCUAGUGUGGGGUCUUUUCAGGUCUCGACGAGACGAGAAGAUGACAGCCUUCUUCGGGAAUAACUUUGCUGAAGAUCGCUGGCGUAAGGCUGCUUUGAAGAAUGCCUUUGUGCUGCUAGGCAAGCAGAGAUUCGAGCAUGCAGUGGCGUUCUUCCUGCUGGCCAAUAGCCUAAAUGAUGCCAUCGAGGUGUGCAUGAACAAGCUUGAAGAUUUCCAGUUGGCGCUCAUCAUAGCUCGACUGUAUGAGGGUGACGCCGAAGGAUGUUACUACCACCAUUUGUUGCACGAACACAUUUUGGGUACAGAUGCGGAGACUGGGCGUUGUGAUCUUAGUCGUGCCCAUCCAGAUCCCUUCUUGCGAUCGAUGACCUACUGGACGAUCAAGAAGUACCAAGAGAGUCUGAACACGCUGCUACUAAAUAACGUAGGCAGCCUGCACAGCAGCUACAGGGAGGAAGAUCUGUUGCGACCCGAGCCACAGGCCACCAAUCCGAACGUGUUUAAUUUCUACAUAUAUUUGCGCACCCAUCCGUUGCUUAUUCGUCAGAAUAUCGCCUUGUCGGCACAGGAAAAGCGCAUUGCCCAUGUGGUACUGUCUGGGUUCAACUAUGCUGGAGAUGCUGCUCCUAGUGCCGUGGCCUGCGACAAGCAAUUGCAGUUAGAGGAUUCGAUAACGCCCAUCGAGCGGCAGUUGUACUUUACCACCGCACACGGACACUUCAAGAGCGGUUGUCCAGCGCUGGCACUUGAGGUUCUCAACAAGCUGCCCCAGAAGAUUAGCGACGAUUCUGGAGGCAGUGUGGCUGGUAGCCAGUCGCAGGAGCGCGCCCAGCAGAACAAGGAGGAGCUGAUCAACACGGGUAUCAUGGACCAGUGGGGAGCUACUCCUGCCGCUACGCAGAACACAGCGGAUGCCUUUGACUGGGGCGCUCCUGUAUCUAGUGAGCCGGAGGCCAAGUUUGAAAUAAAAUGGGAUGAUGAAGAUGAAGAUGAAGACCCUGAUCUUGAGCCAGACGAACCUGAGCUAGCCACCCCGCAGCCGCAGGCGUCCAUUUUAGGCAGAGGCAAAUCAAGUGGAAAUGAUACAAAGAUGGACAUUAUGGCCCAGCAGCUGAAGUUUGUGGCCUGUCUAAAGAUCCUCAUGGAGGAGCUGUCCACGUUGGCUACUGGAUUCGAAGUGGAUGGUGGUCAGUUGCGCUACCAACUUUACAUGUGGCUCGAAAGAGAGGUGGAGGCGCUCAAACAGUUAUGCAACUACUGCAGCCAAGCGGAGCAGUCCAGUCACGAGCCUGGUGAUGCGGAUGCCGAGGCCAGAGACAAGGAGAUGAAUGCCAGCAUCUAUCCCAGCACUGAGCGUCCCACGCUCCACGAGAUCCUCAUGCAGGACAAGCAAGAUUUCGAGGCCAAGGUGAUGCGUGCAGCCAAACGCAAGCGAUGGCUCAAGGCCAAUGAAACACUGCUUCGUACGCUGCUCAGUUAUUGUUCCCUACACGGAGCUAGUGGUGGUGGCCUGGCAUCCGUACGCAUGGAGCUGGUGCUGCUGCUCCAGGAGCUCCAGCAAGAGAAGACACAGCAACAGUUGCUGAGCCCGCUGCCCUUCCCUACCACGCUUCCCUUGCUCAGUGCCUGUGUGGCGGGUAACAAGACGGUUAUAGCCGAUCCCAUUAAGUACCUCCAGUCUCAGACAGUGGACAUGCUGCAAAGCAUCAUCAAGGUGCUGCCCUUCCCAGGAAUCGAACCGAGUGCUUUGAGCGAGAUCUUUGUCCUUCGGGAUCUUGCCGUGGCUCUGUCUUCCUGCAUCUACCAGUCGCUCUGCGAUUCCGAGAGCUUUGUGGUUAACAACUCGGCCUUUAAUGGUUAUCCUAGUCCCGGUAUGGAGAACAUAGCCAAAAUAAACUCCUCUUUCGAGUGUAGCUACCUAGUGGGCAGCCGGAAUGCUUAUGGCCGCAGACGCAAGUAUUCGACGGAUGAGCCGGCGGGUGUAUGCACCACUCCUUCCAAGUGGCCAGGUGUAACCAAUCUGCGUGCCCUUUUGGCCCGCGAGAAGGACGAGGAUGUGCCCAAACUAAAUGUGCUGCUGCUGGAGUCUUUUGUUUCUACUUACAUGGCACUAUUCAUUUACUCGCUGUCCACCUGCGAUAGCCGUUUGUUGUACCGCCUGAGUGGCCAAAGUUUCAACAAUGAGACCUGGUCCACUCUUUUCGGCGGUGGCAUGAAGAAGUUGCUCAUUAAGCCCGCUGCUGCACAGCCUCCUAAUCAAUUGGUGGCCGGAGGAGGCGGAACAGUAACAGGUGGGCCUUCAGGCGGGACCGGAUCCACAUCUGAAGAGCCGACGGAUGAGAAUAGUGUAUGGAAUACGGUUACUUCGAUCACAAAACAGCGCAUGAAGCUAAAUAUGAAAAUCCUGGGCAGCUUUAGCCAGAACAGCACUUCCAGUAACAUGAAGGAGGACAAACCCACGUAUCGGGAGCAAUUUAUGCCACCGGAGACGUCCAUGCUGUCCUACUUCCUCACCAAGCCACCCACAACCGAAUGCGAUGACUACGACACGGACGACUCGCACGAGUCGGACAACGAGGAAGAAGAGGAGGACGACGAUGAUGUCAAUGUGAGCCGAUCGCAGCUGAAGGCCAAGGAUAACACGGAGCACACCAAUCCCACGUCUUACUCGUGGAGUAUCCUGCGCCUGGCGCUCAUCAAGAUCAGCACGCACAAGAUUCAGGAGCUGGUCAAGGUGGCCGGCAUCGAACUGCAGGAUUUGCCUGUGAUCAGUCCACUCUCACACGAAGUGCUAAGGACCCUUAAUCGCUGGCAGGAAUUUGCCCUGAGUGACCUCAUAGCCCGUGGUCCACCGUCUCGAAAUUAUAUACCAGGCUGCUAUGCGGAGAGUGGCAUCAAUGGAUUGGCUAUCCAUAAGUAUCGUUCUCUGCUGAAUAAGGACAACACUCCGUUUGUUUCUGGUUCGUCUGCUGGGCCCAUCCGGCGGCUGUGGAACUAUUUGGUGCGUCAGGAGCCUGCCCAGGAGGUAUUCAUAAAGAGUAUCUUCGGCAAGAACAUGGAGCCCAGCACACGGGGUUCGCAUCACACCCAUAAUGACAACGAAACCGACGAGGGUCAAUCCCAUUCGACCAACGAGAAUACCGACCACAUCCGGAUUAUUCACAAGGACCACGAGUCGAUAUUGUCCUUCUGCUUGAAGAACAACAGCUCGUCGAUGAUUGCCUUUGCAAAUCCGCGUGAGAUCCAGGAGUUCGACAUCUCGCUGCUGCUAGAAUCACCGAAUUGGUAUGAGGAUGAGUGUGACUACGAUAUGAUGAACCUAUCCAAGGAUGCCGAUACCAACAGCUCAUCCUUCCUAAUCAUUCAGACCCAGGAGCAAAACCAAUUUGGGAGUAACAGCAAUGCCUAUAGCGAAUCCAAUGCUAGCACACAAAGUGCUUCGCAAUCAGGACGCGGUACAUCCAUGGUGCUGCGCCACAAAGUAGACAAUGUAAAGCGAAUGAGCGCCCAUCCGCUGAUGCCGUUGUAUCUUACUGGAGGCCAGGAUGGCUCCGUACAGAUCUGGGAGUGGGGUCACCAGCAGCCUGUCUGCUCGCCCCGUACCUCGGGAACCUUUGCCAAGGUCACGCGAUGUCGCUUCUCGGAGCAGGGCAACAAGUUCGGCAUCGGCGAUGGCGAUGGAAAGCUCAGUCUCUGGCAGGCGGGCAUCGCCUCACAGAACAAUCGUUCGUUCAUAAGUUACCAGUGCCACAACAAGGCGUUGUCAGAUUUCGUGUUCCUUGGUUCAUGCAGUCUCCUGGCUAGCGCCGGUCAAAGUUCUGAGAACAAAAACAUUAAUAUCUGGGACACACUGCUGCCCCACAAGAAGUCUUGCGUGUCGGCCUUCACUUGUCACGACCAAGGAUCGUCCUGUCUGGUGUUUGCUCCUCAGCAUCAGGUGCUCAUCUCGUGUGGUAAACGCGGCGACGUUUGCGUCUUCGAUGUGAGACAGCGUACGCUGCGACAUCGCUAUCAGGCCCAUGAUAGCACCAUUAAGUGCAUAGCUCUGGAUCCGCACGAGGAGUUCUUUGUCACUGGCUCCAUUGAGGGUGACAUUAAGAUCUGGGACAUGAAUCAGUUCAUGCUGAUCAAUACGUUCCCGCAUGAGCAUGCCAAGAACGGGUUCUUCAAGCACACUGGCCAAGGCGUUAGCCAGGUGUACGUGGAUCCCUUCGGACGACUCUUCUCUUGCGGCUCCGAUGGCUGCAUGAAAGUCCGUCUGCUGGUGGAGAAGGACAACAUUGUUCACUCCGUGUAUUGAAAGCUGUAUUCUAUCCGUAACAUUUCUGGCACAGAAAUCCAUCCGGACUCUGUGUCCGAGUCAGUCUCCGUUUGCCGUAGCCUAGUCCGUGUUUCUGCUCUCGUGCUCGUCUGUUUUUAUGUGUGUUGCGGCAAAAAGGAUUUGAUUCGAGUGUCCUACAAUAUGUGUAUUCUUUGUUAAUCGUUGAUUAUUGUAAAAUUUUUAAUUGUAUUUCAAUUUCCUACACGUACAGAUAUACAUAUAUAUAUAUAUAUUUUAUUAAUAUUUUUAUUUGCAUAAAUGUACUGUUUUUUUUUGUGCCCAUUUCCGUUUUGCUAAUUAAUGUUUUUUCCAAACGACGAAACAAAAACGAAACUUGUGUCUGACUCGAUUCGCUUGAUUCGUUUCAUGUUCUUUGAGUAUUUCCUAAACAGACUAUAUACUAUACACUACUAUACAGAUACAAGAUAUAUAUAUAUAUACAUACAUAUAUUAUAUACAUCUAUUAUAUGCUUUAAAUCAAUUAAUUAUUAUUAUACGAUAUACAAGACAUUCGACAGUAUGGUAAUUGAUAUGCUUACGAAUAUAUAUUACGAUCUAUGUCUUUGUGUUGAGCUUUGUGCAAAAAUUUGUCUGUUGUUGAAUCAAUCAAGAUAUAUGUAUACCUAAAUCGAAACUAAAUGAAUUAACUAAAAAUAAAUAAAGUGCAAAAUUAAUAAAAAAAAAAAAAUAUUUAAACCAAAA